AUGCGGUCCUCAACAUCCUCCCUGAUCGCUUUCCUCGCUGCAACCGGCGGCUUGUCGUACCCGUCCCAACCCAACCCGAUCAACCCGAUCAGGCAGAUUAAGCAGAUCCAGCUGGGUCCGCGCCCCUACUUCCUGGUCGACAAGAUGAGCGACGGGCCGCUCAAGACGGACCUCUUGUCGUGCCAGGAUCUGGAUAUGAAGCCAUCGACCUGGUCCAUUGGGCAUCGCGGAGGGGCCCCGCUCCAGUUUCCCGAACAUUCCAGGGAGUCGAAUCUGGCGGGAGCUCGCAUGGGUGCCGGGACACUCGAGUGUGAUGUUGCCUUUACCAAAGACCUCGAGCUGGUCUGCCGCCACAGUCAGUGCGACCUGCAUACGACGACAAACAUUGUGACGGUGCCGGAACUCAACUCCAAGUGCACGCAGCCCUUCCGACCGGCGGCUGACGGCAAGCCCGCCUCGGCCAACUGCUGCACCAGCGACAUCACGCUUGCCGAGUUCAAGACGCUCUGCGCCAAGAUGGACGGCUUCAACGCCAGCGCCACCAACGCCGAGGACUACCUCAAGGGCACUCCCAGCUGGCGCACCGACCUGUAUGCCAAGUGCGGCACCGUCAUGGAGCACUCGGAGCACAUUGCCUUGGUGGAAGCGCUGGGCUUGCGACACAGCCCGGAGCUCAAGCAGCCCAUGGUACCGAUGCCCUUUCAGGGCGAAUACACAAAAGAGAUGUACGCUCAGCAACUUAUCGACAACUACAAGAAGGCCGGCGUUCCGGCAUCGCGCGUCCUGGCCCAGACCUUUGAGUACGACGUUGCCUUGUAUUGGCUCAAGUUGGACCCCGACUUUGGCCGCAAUACUAUACUUCUCGAUGAGUCGGGCGACACGCCAGAGACGUAUGACGGGGCCGUCGCUAACCUCACCGAAUAUGCCGAGGCCGGCGUGCAAAUCGUGGCUCCGCCACUUUACUACCUGGUCGAAAGUCAGAAUGGCUCCAUUGUCCCCAGCAAGUACGCAAAGCGAGCCAAAGAGCUGGGGCUCAAUAUUAUCACUUGGAGCUUGGAGCGGUCCGGCCCGCUGGCCGGCGUGCACGCCAACGGCGACUACUUUUACACUUCGAUCAAGGACAUUGUCACCGGGGACGGCGACCUGUAUGAGCUUGUUGACGUGCUGUACAAGCAGGUCGGCGUCGUGGGCAUGUUUUCCGACUGGUCCGCCACCACCACAUUCUAUGCCACCUGCUUCCGAGUUGGGGUUCAAUGA